AUGAAACACUCCGUCAAUCUCAGGGCGGCAGCUGUUGCUGCUGCCUUGGCAAUCGCAGUCCUUCCUUCCAAUGGCACAAUUGUCAAGAGGGCCUCAGCUGCCUCUUCCGAAUCGUUCAACGACCCGGAGAGCUGCAAGGACCUUCCCAAUCUUCUUGAGCAGCUUCUGUCUGCAGGUGCUGCACUCGAUGGCAAGCCGCUUGUUACCAGCGACACAUAUGCUCUCUACUAUCCCGCGGGCUCCAACCCCUCUGCCAAAGAGCUGUACGAAGCCAUUCCUGAGUCGGCCUAUGGUCCCUUCGAUGACAAAGAGGGUGCCAUCUCGGCAUCCAAUGGAUGGGGCAAGGACACCGCCGUGGCUGACCAGGGCUACGGCGAAGAGGCUCACGCCUCCUACGGCACCGAGGGUGGCCUUCCUGCCUUUUGUCGAGUCGGAGGUAUGUUCGAGACCACUCCUGGUGGCAACAAGGCCCAGUUCGAAGUCUGGAUGCCCUUAGUCGACGACACCACCGGCAAGGAGCGACCCAAAUCCGACAACAACGCUAUCGACACAAAGCAAAACAGACCUCCCGAAGAGCACAAAAUUGUUUCCGCCUUGUCUAGCUUCAAGGGUGCUUGUGCUGAUGCCUGGAACAAGCGCCUGGUUUUCAUCGUUGGCGGUGGUCAGCGUGGUGCUGUCGCAUACCCAGAGAUGAAGCAGACCAUGGCUCGAUACCGCACCGCAGUUGCAGGUACCAACAUGGGUCACUUUUCGGCUCAGAAUGGCAACAAGUGGCUGCCCGGGAACCCUAAUGGCUGGACUGACUGGGCUCAUCGAGCUGUUCAUAUUUCAAACCAGGUUGCUCAGGUUGCCGUCGAAGCAUUUUUCGGUGUUGCUCCAAACAACAGGAAGGGCAAGACGGUGCUCUCGCCCCUCGGGGCAGAGUCAAAGGAAGUAUUCUACACCUAUUUUAAAGGUUGCAGCACCGGUGGUAGGGCUGCUAUGGCUGCUGCUCAAAGGUACCCUCAUGACUUCGAUGGCAUCAUUGCUGGCAGUCCCGCAUUUGACUUCAACCACUUGAAGGCCUUUCAGAUCCACAUCAACAGCUUUUUGGCCGUCAACACUAGCGCCGGCUACAUCCCUCAGGAGGCGUAUCCGCUCAUCAACCAGGCUGUGCUCAAGUCUUGUGAUAAAGCGGAUGGUGUUGCCGACAGGGUUGUGUCCUUCCCUCGGCAGUGCAAGCCUGACUUUUCUAAGCUCAUUGGCUGCAAGAGUCUCGGUCUGACCCCUGUCAACCUCAAAGACACUUCGCAAGGCACAGCCAAGCAGGUAAGUACAGCUGCUAAGCCCCUUGGGGUCUCGGACCUCAUUGAGUCUAAGGCAGCUCCCGGUCCAGGCUUGUCAGGUAACCCUAGCCCUGGAAACGGGGGAACAGCGGUGUCUCGGAAAGAUCCGAAGACUCCCAUCUUACCCAGAGGUGUCACCUCGGAGCCUCCUGUGGAGCCUAGGAAGCCGCCUGCCGAUGCCACAAAACCCACUACCCCCGAUGCUACCACGAAGGGAAGCGAGAUCGAAGUGCCUGCCGGCGACAACUCGUCUAUGAAGGCUGCUGUCGUCAAGCUUGCUGACGACAAAACCAAGCCGGUCAAGGACGCUUCGGGUGCGAACAACGGCAAGAAGGGCAGUAAGAAUAAGGAGGACGCUCCACAGUGUCUCACCGAUACUCAGCUCGAGACCUUGGCCAACCUUUACAAGCCUUACACGAUCGACGGUCAGCUCAUCAAUGAAGGUGUUCUGCCAGGUAGCGAAUUCGGCUGGAGCCAGAUCAAUGCCAUCACUGGUAAAUACGGUCCUUCACCCUCCGGUUGGUUCCACUAUCAAGUGAUGGGAGACAAGGUCUACAACGAGGACAGCUUCGAUGCAGGAAAAGACGUCACUCCAGCCCUCAUCGUGCAAGGCGAGCGUUCCGAUCCCGGCGAGACCAUCACCUUCAACCCCGACCUCAGCCCCUUCUUCGACGCAGGGGGCAAGCUCAUGCACUACCACGGUCUAGCUGACGCUCUCAUCCCUCCCCUCAUCUCCUCUCGCUACUACGAGAUGGUCAAGAAGAAAGUCGGUAACAAAAUCAAGGACAGCUACAGACUCUACAUGAUCCCAGGUAUGCUUCACUGCCGAAGCGGUACAGGAUGCUUCAACUUUGGUGGUGCUGGACAGGUCGAAGCUGGCAGCCGUCCUCUGAGAUACGACAACAAGCAUGAUAUGUUCCUUGCGCUCAUUGACUGGGUCGAACUCGGUAAAGCUCCGACCGCGCUUAUUGGUGCUGCGUACAAGAACAAGAAUGGUGGUACCCCGACUAGUAACAGUGACGAUACGGCUUUCGGUAAUGGGUUGCGCUUCACUCGUCCUCUCUGCCCUUACCCCACGGAGGCUCGUCUGAAGAAGGGUGCGGUUGGCGACACUGGCGUCGCUAGUUCUUUCGAGUGUGCUUGA